AUGAGCUCCACUGCUAAAUAUUAUCAUUUUGGAUUGGGUAAUGGUAUUAAAAGAUGUGCAUCAAUUUUUUCUUUAGAUGACGAAGUUAAAAUUGCAAUUGGUAUCGAUGGAAUGCCUUUAUCAAAAUUUACCUCCAGUCAAUUUUGGCCAAUAUUGGCUUAUGUACAACCUCAUCAUAAAUAUGUGUUUCCAGUAGGAUUAUACCAUGGGUAUGAAAAACCAAAAGACAGCAAUGAAUUCUUACAAGAUUUUAUUUCAGAAAUUUUAGAGCUAACUGAAAAUGGUAUUACUAUUGCUAAUUUAAAAAUUAAAAUUAAAAUCCAAGUAAUAUGUUCUGAUGUACCUGCCAAAUCCUUUAUUAUGAGAAUAAAGGGCCAUUCUGGCUUCUCUUCUUGCACCCGCUGUGUACAUGAAGGAGAAUAUUGUAACAACCGUGUUAAUUACACGGUAACUUACAUUGAUAAUGGUAGUGAAAAUAGAAUUCAUGAUGAUUAUGUGUGUAUAAAAGCUGAAGAACAUCACAUUUUAACUACUAUAUCAUGUAUAUCACUUAUCCCAGACAUUGAUAUUAUUUCAUUGUUUUCUAUGGAUUACAUGCAUUUAGUAUGUUUAGGUACAAUGAAAAAAUUAAUUAAUCUUUGGAUCAAGGGACCUCUUAAUACCCGAUUACCUAGUUGA